AUGAGAAUAGUAAUCCAUCAUCAUAAUAAAAAUAACCGUAAAUUGUUUAAUAAUACUGGGGAAAAAGAAAAACAUCAAGCGCAGAUUGAUAAUUUAUUUAGCUCUUCAAUAGAAGAAAGGAAGGCAACUGUAGUUGACAUCAAGAAUGUUGUUAUUGGCGAUGUUACUAAGAAAGUUGCAUAUGUAGAUUUAGGAAUAAUACCCAGGUUACUACAUCUAAUGGUCCAGGACAAUGAUUGCAAAUGGAUAAUAAUUGAAUCGACAAUAAUUCUUGGAAGCUUGAGUAAAGAAAGGCAAAUUAUGGAAAAGAUUCUACAAACGCAGGCCUUACCCAUCGUUAUUAAAGGAUUAUUUCAUGAUGAUCAUGACGUUGUAACGGCUUCAUUACGCACAUUAAGAAAUUUCUAUCUUUCUGAUCUGACACCGAGUGAACCUUUAUAUGAAGAAAAUUCAGCUGGGAUUAUUAAGCUUUUACAACUAUUAUCACGUUCUCGCGUACAUUCAGAAUAUGCGACUUUGAUCCUAUCCAAUUGCUGCAGGAACUCGGAACAACAAGUAAUUUUGUUUAGUGCCAAUGCAGUUGACAUUCUAAAGCCGCUAUUGGAAUAUAAAUCGGAAAAGAUCUUAGCUCCAACAUUAUCUUGUUUUGCAACCUUGGCAUAUAAAAAUGGAACAAUUGCUGAAAUAAUUGCAAAAACUGAAGAAUCUGGCAAGACAUUAGUGGAGAUUUUCGGAGGAAUGAUAAGCAGAGACAAGUCACUCUACCUUCAGUUCCUCGCUGCAAAGUGUCUCACGUACUUAUGUCGUACUGGGGUUAUUUCAAGUGAUAGAGUUUUAAUUCGUUUGAAGGUUAUGCCAACUUUAGCCCGCAUGUGUAAGGGGGAUAAUCCUCCUAGGAUACAGUAUCUAGCCGCAGAUAUAUUAUCUUACCUCUUGGAAGAUGACCAGGAAUUACAAGAACUAGCAAUGUAUACGAAUCACCUUUUGCGCAGUAUUUCGCGAUAUCUAAAGAGAACUGAACUUGAUCCAGACACUUUCUCCUACAUGAAACAGGGUGCAUUCCAUGUCUUUGCUGCGUUAUGUGCUCAUAGUGAAACUAGCAGGAAAAAGGUCACAGAAAUUGAACCACACAUAAUAAAACAUGUCGUUAGAGGUUUAGAAGAUUCUAAUUAUAAAGUGAAGCACGCAGCUGCCAAUUGCCUUCUUAGCUUUUCUCGGUCUGUACAGCAGUUACGAACAAAUCUUAGUGAUAAUGAAGUCUGGAAGCCUGUGUGGAAGAUUCUUAAUGAAGAUAAAAAUAUUUCGGAAGAAUUGUUAACAAUCUUGAGUGCUGUUAUCUGCAAUCUUGUACUUGACUUUUCUCCGGCUAGAAAGUCGUUAUUGAAAGUCCCUAUUUUAAAAUUUCUAUCCACUCUUGCUCAACAUGAGUCGAAGAGCAUUCAACUCAAUGCCCUUUGGGCGUAUAUGGAUGCUGAUUUCAUUAUGGGACUUCACGGAUGCAAUAUUGUGGCUGCGUUAAGAUCAAUUAUUCUCUCGAAUGACUAUGAUAAGGAGAUUCUUGAGCAGACGUUAUGUGUAGUAUUGAAUAUGGCGAGUGCUGGGGUAGCCACGAAGGAAUUGAUGGCAGCUGAUGAUGACUUAUUGAAAGCUAUCUUAACGUUAAUGUCAUGCGAGAAAUCUGGGAUACAAUUAGCGGCUUGCCGCGUAGUUUCAAAUCUCAUCUCCAACAUGCAUGAAGGAGCAUCAAGUCGAAGGCAUAAAUUAAGCGAAUUAGGCAUCCAAAAGACAUUGCAGUCGUUAAUAUCAUCAUGUUCGGAUAGUAACCUCUUCGACAUGUAG